AUGUUCAAGGCAACACCCCACGUGAUGACCCCAACUAUUAGGGAAGAACCUGAAUUGCUGCAUAUUUUAAGUGUCGACGCGUGCAUUGAGGAAAAUGGAAUGAAUCAUAAAACUGAAUAUUAUGUAAUUAUGCAACAGAAAAAAGGACUGGUCGUUCGACGUGGACAACCAUUUUAUUUGAAUGUAAAAUUCAAUCGUGAUUAUGAUGUAGAAAACGAUAUUCUAUACAUUGAACUGAAAUUAGAAGUGGAACAAUAUAACUAUGAACAAAACUACAAAGUACCAAAAGUAUUGAUACCACUAUUGAACUCUGGUGAACUGAAAACAUGCUGGGUUGCAAGCAUAAAUUCUGCUGAUAAAAAAUCAAUGAGAAUGAAGGUAAAUAUACCAGACGGUGCAUGUGUGGGAAAGUACCACAUUCAAUUUGAUACACUCACCAAGACCACUCCACCAUCAAAUUUUACCAUUGAUGAAUGUUUAUACAUAAUUUUUAAUCCAUGGUGUCCAGACGACAAGAUCCACUUGAAUGAUGAAGAACAACGUCAAGAGUACGUGAUGUCUCAGAAGGGAUUAAUUUGGACUGGACAUGUAGGCCAAGUGGAAGCAACACCUUGGUCAUUUGGUCAGUUCAACAAAGAUGUGCUGAAUAUAGCAUUUCAUUUGAUCAAUGUCAUGGCAUAUGUUGAUGUAGUUGAUAGGCAUGAUCCAAUACAUGUAUCACGUGCAUUAUCUGCUCUUGUAAAUGGGAAUGAUUAUGAUGAAGGAAUUUCACUGAGAAAGUCAGAUGAUAAUGAUGCAGAUGAAAAACAACCCCAGUCAUUUGUUGGGACAAGUGACAUCAUUGAAAAAUUUCUCAAAGAAAAAAAGCCAGUCAAGUGUGGACAGUGUUGGAUUUAUGCUGGUGUUUUUGCUACACUUUGUAGAGCUUUGGGAAUACCUUGUAGAAUUGUUACCAACUUUGAAAGUGCUCAUGAUACCGAUGAUAAUUUGAGAGUUGAGCGAUGCUUUGAUUCAAAAGGAAAAGAAGUUUAUGAUGAUGAAUUCAGAGGCUACUCUGUAUGGAAAUUUCAUGCUUGGAAUGAAGUCUGGAUGACCAGGUAUGAUUUGAAUGAUGAACGUUUCCAUGGGUGGCAAGUUAUCGAUGUCACACCCCAAAGAGCAAGUACAAGAAAUGGCUCGUACAAAUCAGUGUAUGCACGUGGACCUAUUCCAGUUAUGGCUAUCAAAAUUGGAAAAUUUGAUGUACCAUUUAAUGCUGAAUAUAUAUUUGGUAACAUUGACGAUGAUGUGUGCCACUUUAAGAAAAAAAAUGAUGAUAAUGUUAAAAUGUUUUACAAAGUUGAUCGACUGAGAGAUGGACCAAAUAUCAAUACAAAAGCUGUUGGUUCUCUUGAACGAGAAGAUAUCACUGACACGUAUAAAUUUCCAAAAGAUGCAUCGAAUUAA